GGAGCUGCCGGGGCAGCAGUUCCUGAAGCAAAAUGCUUCCUUCUAUAAUUAAAUAGCAUUUACUCUUAUUAUUACUAAUAAUAAUAAUAUAAUAAUAUCUCUAGUAAUAUCAUACCAUUUAUCAAGGCCAGUUAUAGAGCCGGUGGGGGGGGGGGGAAUCAACCCAGCAGAGAAACGGUGAUGGAGAGGCAGAAGAGGAAAGAUGAAAUAGAGAAGGGGCUGCAGUUCAUCCAGUCCACCUUACCCCUGAGGCAAGAAGAUUAUGAGGCCUUCCUACAGAAGCUGGUGCGGAACCUGUUUGCGGAGGGGAACGACCUGUAUCGGGAGCGGGACUUCAAGCAGGCGCUGGUGCAGUACGUGGAAGGCCUCAACGUGGCCGACUACGCCGCCUCCGACGAGGUGGCCCUGCCCCGGGACCUGCUCUGCAAGCUGCACGUCAACCGGGCCGCCUGCUAUUUCACCAUGGGCCUGUUUGAGAAAGCGCUGGAGGACAGUGAGAAAGCUUUGGAGCUGGACCAGGACAACAUCAGGGCUCUUUUCAGGAAAGCCCGCGCCCUGAACGAGCUGGGGAGACACAAGGAAGCGUACGAGUGCAGCAGCCACUGCUCCCUCACUCUCCCACACGAUGAAAGCGUCACCCAGCUUGGCCAGGAGCUGGCUCAGAAACUGGGGCUCCGGGUGCGCAAAGCCUACAAGAGACCUCAGCAGGAACUGGAAACGUUCCCUCUGCUCAGCAACGGCACCUCAGCGGACGCGGCGGAUCAGGGCCCACCCGACGGACCAGGCUCCAUAGAUGACAUCGAAACAGACUCCACCCUGCCCCUGCAGGUGCCCGAGCUCCCCGGCGGCGGCGUCCCAUCCAUAGUUGGAGCCGAGGCCCUGGGCUCCGACCCCUCCCCGCUGUUCCCUCCCGCCGCCGCUGCCGCCGCCGCCUCCCCCGUGCCGACCCCGCCGGACCGGGGCGGGACCGGGGCCGGGCCCGACAGCCCGGAGGACUUCUCCGACGGGGACGUCUUGGGCCCGGAACUGGACUCGCUGCUGGACUCGCCCUAUGCAUUGUCUCUGGUCCAGGGCGGCCUCUCCUCCAGCCUGCCCAGUGAGAUGCCGCAGCUCAUCCCCGUGUUCCCGGGUGGCACCCCCCUCCUGCCUCCCGUGGUUCCCGGCUCCAUCCCCGUGUCCACCCCCCUGCCCCCUGCCUCCUUCGGCCUGGUCAUGGAUCCCACCAAGAAGCUGGCCUCCGCCGUCCUGGACGCCUUUGACUCCUCGGGGCCGCCGCUGGACUCCCUAGACCCCCUGGAUCUGCUGCCCUACACGGAGGCCCGGUUGGAUGCCCUAGACAGCUUUGGCCCAGUCCGGGCUUCCCUGGACACUCUGGACUCCUUCUCUGGGGAGGAGACCCUCCCCUCCGACCUACGAGCCCCCGGCGGCAGCGGGAGCAGCCAGAAGCCCCCCGCGGUGGUCGGCCGCCCCUCGCUGCCCAGGAUGGCGGACCUCCUCCUGGCCCAGCCCGAGCCCGCCAUGCCCAACACUGCCCUGCUGGUCAAGAACCCCCUGGCAUCGACCCACCUCUUCAAACAGGCCUGCCAGCUGUGCUAUCCCAAGACAGGGCCCAGGGCCGGCGACUACACCUUCCGGGAGGGUUUGGAACACAAGUGCAAGCGGGACGUGCUGCUGGGGAGACUGCGCGGUUCCGAGGACAAGACCUGGAAGCGAAUCCGGCCCCGCCCCACCAAGACCAACUUUGUGGGCUCCUAUUACCUGUGCAAAGACAUGAUUAACAAGCAGGACUGUAAGUACGGGGAUAACUGCACCUUCGCGUACCACCAGGAGGAGAUUGACGUGUGGACGGAGGAGAGGAAGGGCACCCUCAACCGCGACCUCCUCUUUGACCCGCUGGGCGGGGUCAGGCGGGGCACGCUCACCAUCGACAAGCUGCUCAAAGAGCACCAAGGCAUCUUCACCUUCCUCUGCGAGAUCUGCUUCGACAGCAAGCCGCGCAUCAUCAGCAAAGGGACCAAGGACUCCCCGGCCGUCUGCUCCAACCUGGCAGCGAAGCACAGCUUCUACGACAACAAGUGCCUGGUGCACAUCGUGCGCUCCACGACGCUCAAAUACUCCAAGAUCCGGCAGUUCCAGGAGCACUUCCAGUUCGACGUGUGCCGUCACGAGGUGCGCUACGGCUGCCUGCGGGAAGACAGCUGCCACUUCGCCCACAGCUUCAUCGAACUCAAGGUCUGGCUGUUGCAGCAGUACUCGGGCAUGACCCACGAAGACAUCGUCCUGGAAUCCAAGAAGUUCUGGCAGCAGAUGGAGAGCCACACGGGCAAAGCCGCAAACAGCAUGAUCUCCUUGCGGGGCGUCCCGCCCAGCACCUUCGACCUGCAGAUGAAGUUUGUGUGCGGCCAGUGCUGGAGGAACGGCCAGGUUGUGGAGCCCGACAAGGACCUGAAGUACUGCAGCGCCAAGGCCCAGCACUGCUGGACCAAGGAGCGGCGAGUUCUUCUGGUCAUGUCCAAAGUCAAGAGAAAGUGGGUGUCCGUCCGCCCGCUGCCCAACAUCCGGAACUUCCCGCAGCAGUACGACCUGUGCAUCCACGCCCAGAACGGCCGCAAAUGCCAGUACGUGGGAAACUGUUCCUUCGCCCACAGCCCCGAGGAGAGGGACAUGUGGACCUUCAUGAAGGAAAACAAGAUCUUGGACAUGCAGCAGACCUACGACAUGUGGCUGAAGAAGCAUAACCCGGGCAAGCCCGGGGAGGGGACCCCACUGACGCCCCGGGAAGGAGAGAAGCAGAUCCAGAUGCCCACCGACUAUGCCGACAUCAUGAUGGGGUACCACUGCUGGCUCUGCGGGAAGAACAGCAACAGCAAGAAGCAGUGGCAGCAGCACAUCCAGUCGGAGAAGCACAAAGAGAAGGUCUUCACGUCCGACGGCGAAUCCAGCUGCUGGGCCUUCCGUUUCCCCAUGGGUGAAUUCCAGCUGUGUGACAGGUUCCAGAAGACCAAGGCCUGCCCCGAGGCGGACAAGUGUCGCUUCGCCCACGGCCUGGAAGAACUGACCGAGUGGCUGGACCGGCGGGAGGUGUUGAAGCAGAAGGUGGCCAAGGCUCGCAAGGACAUGCUGCUGUGCCCCCGCGAUGACGACUUCGGCAAAUACAGCUUCCUACUGCAGGAUGACAAAUAGUGGGGCCGCGGGGG